GCGGGCAGCGCGGGGCCCCGGCGGCGGCGGCGGCAGGACCGGCUGCGGAGCAAGGCGGGGGGAAACGCGGAUUUUGAGCUGAGUUUUGAGCGUUUCGCGUCCUUUUUUUUUUUUUUUUUUUUUUUUUUUUUUUUCCCUUCUAGAACUUCUUGUUUUUUAACUCGUUUCCCCGCGGCGCCCCGCGGAGGGUGCGCGGCCCCCCCCCCCGCCAGCCCCGGGCGGGCAACAGCGCGCGGCCGGCCCGGCUCUGCCGCCCGCCGAUGCUCAACAUGACCGAGGAGCACGACAAAGCGCUGGAGGCUCCGUGCAGCCCCGCGGGCACCACCAGCUCCAUGUCCCACGUGGACUCGGACUCGGACUCGCCGCUCUCCCCCGCCGGCUCCGAGGGGCUGGGCUGCGCCCCCGCGCCCGCCCCGCGCCCGCCGGGCGCCGCCGCGCUGGGGGCCAAGGUGGACGCGGCCGAGGUGGACGAGCGCUUCCCCGCCUGCAUCCGCGACGCCGUCUCGCAGGUGCUCAAGGGCUACGACUGGAGCCUGGUGCCCAUGCCCGUCCGCGGCAACGGAUCGCUCAAAGCCAAGCCGCACGUCAAGCGGCCCAUGAACGCCUUCAUGGUGUGGGCGCAGGCCGCCCGCAGGAAGCUGGCGGACCAGUACCCGCAUCUGCACAACGCCGAGCUCAGCAAGACCCUGGGCAAGCUCUGGCGUUUGUUGAGCGAAAACGAGAAACGUCCCUUCGUGGAGGAAGCCGAGCGGCUCAGGGUGCAGCACAAAAAGGAUCACCCGGAUUACAAAUACCAGCCCCGGAGGAGGAAAAGCGUCAAAGCCGGGCAGAGCGACUCGGACUCGGGGGCUGAGCUCAGCCACCACGCCGGCACGCAGCUCUACAAGGCCGACACGGGGCUGGGGGGCAUGGCCGACUCCCACCACCACGGGGACCACACAGGCCAGCCCCACGGACCCCCCACGCCGCCCACCACCCCCAAAACCGACCUGCACCACGGCAGCAAGCAGGAGCUGAAGCACGAGGGCCGGCGCCUGGUGGAGAGCGGCCGCCAGAACAUCGACUUCAGCAACGUGGACAUCUCGGAGCUGAGCAGCGAGGUCAUCAACAACAUGGAGACCUUCGACGUGCACGAGUUCGACCAGUACCUGCCCCUGAACGGCCACGCGGCGCUGCCGGCCGAGCACGGCGCCAACGCCGCCUCCUACGGCGCCUCCUACGCGCACUCGGGCGCGGCCGCCCAGGUGUGGACUCACAAGAGCCCGGCCGCGGCCUCGCCGGCGGCGCCCGAGCCGGGCCAGCAGCGGCCUCACAUCAAGACGGAGCAGCUGAGCCCCAGCCACUACAGCGAGCAGCCCCACGGCUCCCCGGCCCACUCCGACUCCUACGGCUCCUACGGCGGCCAGGCCUGCGCCACCUCGGCCGCCCCGGCCGCCGCCGCCGCCGCCUCCUCCUUCUCCAGCUCGCAGUGCGACUACACGGACCUGCAGAGCUCCAACUACUACAACCCCUACCCCGGCUACGCCUCCAGCCUCUACCAGUACCCCUAUUUCCACUCCUCGCGCCGCCCCUACGCCACCCCCAUCCUCAACGGGCUGUCCAUCCCGCCGGCGCACAGCCCCACCGCCAACUGGGAGCAGCCCGUGUACACCACGCUGACCAGGCCUUAAAGGAUUCCCGGAGCCUCCCGAGGCUUCCCUGGAAUUAUGCACUAAUGAAGGAAUGAGGAGGAAGAGCGUGGAGUGUUCCAAAGUGCCUCCUGAGCCGCUGGGAACUUUUCUGCUGGUCGCCGCCUUGCUUCGAAACUCCCCGAAAGGACGCAGCUCUGUUCUUUUAUUUUUUUUUUUUUUUUCUUUGAUCUGUAGGGUUUAAGAAAUUCAAAAGAACUAAGGGGGGGAAAAAAAAAAAAAAAAACCAACAAAAAACAAAACCACCAACCAAACAAAGGACAAAAAAAUUAAAAGUAAGAGGAAAAAAAAAAACAAACAACAAAAAACAAAAGGAAAAGGACCGGCGAUGCCUUUUGAGUAAAUGAAGGACAAAAUGUUGGACUGAGCCGAACUCGCUCGGCCUGGAAGUUUGGCCAAGUGCAAAACGUGGAGCAGGGGUGGACAGAGAGAGGGGGGGGAGACAAAACAACAACAAAAAAGCUGUUUGAGACUUUCAGGGUCUAUUGCAAUGUGAGGAACGGACCAACCUUGAGGGCAGGAACUCACUGGGACCAACAGGGAUGAGCCCCGAAAUCCCAGAAAAAUCCCGUGGGAAGAGUCUGAUGGGACCAACCAGUUCAGUGUCUGAAGUGUUUGUUGAUUUAUUAUUUUUUUUUUUUUUUUUUAGUCAGGAGUUUUUCCAAGCAAGGUUUGGCUGUAAUUAACAUUUUGUUUUGGGUUUUUUUUCUUUUUUUUUUUUUGUUUUUGGAAGCUUCAAAUGGUUUUGGUUGUUUUGUUUUCGUUUUUUUUUUUUUUUUAAUCUGUUAAAUAUGUAUUUAUGUUCUGUAUUAUUUUGUCUUUUAAUUAAUGAAGUCAUUUUGUGCAAAACGGAAAAAAAAGUAGAAUUUUUAAAAGAUUUUAAAGACGGGGGAGGGAGCCUAAAAAAAAUAGUGGAGAUGAUACAAUAAACUGGUGUUAUGAGUCUAUAGAUUUUCCUUGGUUUUUGGGUUUUUUUCAUUUUGGAACCGCUGCAGGAGCCGUGCUGGAGAGAGGGACUGAAGGAAUCCGCCUGGAAACUCCAAUGGGAAUGUCAAAUAACCAGGGGGGGGAAUUACUAAUUCAAUUGGGAGGCUCAAAUGCUGCCUGAAAAGGGCAGGUGAUUUUCUGGCCACCUGUUUUGGGCUGUUAAAAUCGGAUUUCAGGAGUCUUCGGAGGCUUUCAGAACCAGGACUACUUUAAAGGAGCUGUAAUUCCAUGAGAAACCAUCGACUUCUGCUUUAAUUUUGGCUUCUAGGGACCAGAUAUCAUCCAUCAAGCUGUGAAACUAAAAAUCUCCUCCACUAAAAAAAUGGGUUUAGGGUACUUAGUUUUUAGACUAAUAUUUCAUUGAUAUAUUUCUACUUCUUCCAUUGUAUGCUGAGCAUAUAAAUAACCAUCUAUUUUAUGGGAACUCGUGCCUUUAAAAGCCUUUGUAAAUCUAAACCCACCUUUCAGAGGUUAUUCAUCUUUUUACCUUUUCUACGUUUCCUACUCUUUUUUCUAAAAAAUAUUUUUUUGCAUAUUUCCUUUCGUGGGGAGGGGAGGGGAGGGACACGCUGGGCUGGGGGAAAAGACAAAAAAAGCUCAUUUUUAUGCAAUCUAUUUUUCUGUAUAAAGUUUGAAAGACUUCUGGUUGUUACUGAUCUGUUCUCUUCACUCGCUUCUGACUAAGCAAUGCUAACUUUUGUACAGAUCCAUUUGAUAAAAUUAAAAAAAGUGCUUUUUAUCAA